AUGGAGCGUAACCUCAUGAUCACCUUCCAGGUGAAGAAUGGUGUUCAAGUUUGUGAUCACCUUUUCGUGCGGGGCAUCCCAUCAGCUGUUCAGAAACAUCAGAUUGCCUCCUUAUUCAACCGUUUUGGCCAAGUUCUUUGGAGCACCAUUUUACCACCCCGCAUCGGCGAAGAUGAUCGCUGUGCUUUGGUUCAGAUGGCCAGCAGCGACGAGGCCCAGAACGCCAUCCAGGCAUUGAACUGGACCAGCUCAUCAGCCUUGAUGCCAGCGAUGAUGGUUCGAUAUGCUGGUCCAAAGGUCUUUGUGGCUCUUCAGCGCACUGAGGGAAUCCAUGAGGAAGGUGCUCAACUCAGGGGAUCCGAAGAGGAUGAGGAUUUUGCUCACUAUGGAGUGAUUGAAGAAGCGCCAAAGCCUGCGUUCCAACCUUUGAAGGAAAGACCCCAUGAUUUGGGAUCCAGAUGGAAGAAAGCAGAAGAGGAGGAGUGGGAUGGACCGGAGGGUACAAGGCUUUGGGGUUGGGCGAUGCAGCCUGUGAAAGAGCAGGAAGAGUUCCCAGAGCUCCCCAGCGUCCAUGCUGAAGACUUGACUGAGUCACGGGAAGUGGAAUCUUGGGAAGAACUUGGCGAGACUGAGCCCUGCGAGGUCCUUUGCAUGAGGAAUCCGCCUUCUGGUCUGCCUGAUUCAGUCAUGCAGAUGUGGUUCAAACCCUAUGGACACGUGGUGGACAUGCGACCGAUGGAUAUGGAAGCUGAUGAUGACUCCUUGGCAUUCAUCGUGCAGAUGUCAUGCAAAGAAGAGGCUAUCAACGCCUUUGACGCACUCAACGGAAAGUCCAUCAUGCGAGGUCGGCCACUGAACCUCAGCUAUUGGCACGGCGCAGCAGAGAAGACUGGAGCUUUGGACCGUGGACGGCUGUUAGCAGCAGCACGGCAGCUAGCAUUCCAGAAGAAGGAGGCUUUUGUAGCUGCAGAAAGUGAGGCAGUGAAGGAGGAAUUAGAGGCAAACAUCUCACACGUUCUUUGCUUGAGAGACCCUCCCGACUUUCCAGAAUCGGUCAUGAGAGUUUGGUUUGCACCCUACGGGCAGAUGGUGGAAAUGAGACGACUGGAAGACGCGGACACUUCUAGAGCCUUUUUGGUGAAAAUGUCCAAUGAAGAUGAGGCCGCUGCAGCAUUCCACGCUCUUAACAGCAAGUGCAUCACAGGGAAGAAACUUGAUAUCAGCUACUGGCAUGGCGAGGGAAGGGGCGAUCCUGUACAUCAGAGGCCUCCGGAAGUAAUGCCGGAGAAGGCGAACGGUCACGUCCCUGGUCCUGGCGUUGGAAUUGAUAACCAACAGUUGCUGGAGGCUUGUAAGGUUGCUUUACAGGCAAGAUCUCGAAGGCUACAAUCUGGAGAUGACCAAGUUGCUCCCAAAGGUGAUGUUGAGUCCUGGGAGGACUUGGAUGAGGAAGACGUCGAUGAUGGGCCAACUGAUUCUCUUUGUGUGAGUGGAGUUCCGCCCGGGAUCCAGGAGAUGGUGAUGCAGUUCUGGUUCAAGCCCUACGGGCGAGUUCAAGAACUGCGACCUUUGUCUUCCGCCGAAGUGAGUGAUGGAAAGCCUGCCUUCUUGGUAAGAAUGGGCGAUGUGAAGGAGGCCACUGCCGCAAUGUCCAAAUUGGAUGGCAAGCCAAUAAUGAAAGGCUCACCUCUCGUCGUUCGGUACUGGCACGGCAGGUAA